AUGAAAGAGAAGGACAGGGUCUUCCUCAUGGAUGCCCCGCUUGCGCCUUCUGGCCUGUUCGGCGACACCGUCAGUUCCGUCGUCGACAGGUACCAGGAGGCUCGUACACAAGCGGUGGCGUUCCAGCGGUUUCUCCCUCGCCGCUCUCUAGCUCUUGGGGCUGCUGGGUGGGAGCAGCCCCCUCCGUGUGCCAGCUCCUCAUACCAGGAGGCGCAAAAACAGAGCUCUGGGACGGGGUCUUCUAAGUGCCCUUGGGAGAUCGACCUGCCAACCCUGCCACCCAUGGUGCUUCAGGGCGCAGCGGUCUCCUGUGAGCGCUCCUCUAAGUCUCCGCCCGGGAAUGUAGCGGUACUGGGAGGCUUGCUACCUCUUCGGAGCUCUCCAGAGCAGCUAGUUCGGCCGUCCUCUGCUGGUCCACCACUUCAGGGCACCGAGCUAGCCGCUCUCGUUACACCAGAGAGAGAGGCUACUGAAUCCAUUCGGUUCUCCACCGCCUCAUUUUUGCGGGAUUCUUCCCACUUUGGUGGGUCCCGGGCAGGCUCUGGUAAUGGAAAAGGAAGUGCUGGAUGGAACACUCUCCUGAGGAAGGAGGCCAUCAAGGUGGUCCCUCCUCAUGACAGACAGUCCGGGUUCUGCAGCCGGUACUUUAUUGUUCCAAAGAAGGGUGGAGGGCUGCGUCCCAUUUUGGAUCUGCAUCAUUUGAACCGCUCAUUAAUGCGACUGAAGUUCAAGAUGCUCAUGAUCAAACAGGUGGUGUCUCAGAUCAGCUCCGAGGACUGGUACAUCUGUCUCCUGCUCGGAUCAAUCCUCACAGCAGUCGCGAGAGUAAGAGAAGGCUGGUCACUCACUGUGAAGUGGUUCCAGAAACUGCUGGGUCUGAUGGCAGCUGCGUCCAACGUGAUACCUUUUGGCCUGCUGUACAUGAGACCCCUACAGUGGUGGCUCAAGACCAAGGGGUUCUCCCUGAGGGGAAGCCCGCUCCGCAUGAUCAAGGUUACGCGGCGGUGCCUAGGUGCCUUAGACAUGUGGAGGAAACCUUGGUUCUUGUCCCAGGGCCCGGUGCUUGGAGCUUCUUGUUGCCGCGUAACGCUAGCGAAGGACGCAUCUCUCACCGGAUGGGGGGCGGUCAUGAGUCUGUGGAGUGGCCGCUAUCUCACCUGGCAUAUCAACUGCCUGGAGAUGCUGGCUGUGUUUCUAGCAUUGAAACACUUUCUCCCAGACCUAGGAGAUCGCCAUGUGUUGGUGCGCACUGACAACACAGCGGUGGUCUCUUACAUCAACCACCAGGGAGGUCUGCGUUCGCGCCCCCUUUACAGGCUGGCGCACCAGAUCCUUGAAUGGUCCCAGGGGAAACUCCUCUCACUAAGAGCAGUUUACAUCCCUGGACAUCUCAAUAUGGGAGCAGACGCCCUGUCGAGGCAGGGUCCGAAGCCCGGGGAGUGGAGGCUCCACCCCGAUGUGGUGAAGCAGAUAUGGAGAGUAUUUGGCCAGGCUCAGGUGGAUUUGUUUGCGACUCAGGAGACAUCGCACUGUCCCCUCUGGUUCUCUCUGACUCAUCCAGCUCCUCUCGGACUGGAUGCUAUGGUACAGACUUGGCCGAGGAUGCGUUUGUAUGCCUUUUCUGCCUUUUUUCUGGAGAGGGUGCGCCGGGAUGGGGUCCAUCUGUUGCUAGUAGCCCCGUUCUGGAGUAUGGUUCUCGGACCUGAUUUCCCUUCUCGACGGCUCUCCAUGGGAGAUUCCCGUCAGGAGGGAUCUCCUCUCACAGGCGGGGGGCGCCAUCUUCCACCCCCGCCCGGAGUUGUGGAAGCUGUGAGUGUGGCCUCUGAGGGGGCACAACUCGUAGCUUCCGGUCUCUCAGCCGAGGUUGUUGAGACCAUUCUCCAAUCCAGAACUCCCUCAUCGAGGAAACUGUACGCCUUGAGGUGGAAACUUUUCACUUCCUGGUGCGAAGACCGCCGGCUCGACCCAGUUAACUCCCCAGUUGGUACAGUGCUGGAGUUCCUGCAGGCCCGUUUGUCCGCAGGGUUGACCCACUCUACCUUGAAGGUGUAUCUGGCGGCCAUUGCAGCCUACCACGCCCCUCACGGUGGUCAGUCUGUGGGCAGACACCCCCUGGAUACACAUUUCCUCCAAGGUGCGCUGAGGCUCAGGCCUCCGGUGCGAUCUCGUGUCCCUCCGUGGGACCUGGCUGUGGUGUUAGAGGCUCUCUGUAAACCCCCUUUUGAGCCUAUAGAGGGGAUUUCUGAUCGUCUUCUCGCUAUAAAGACUGCCUUUCUUCUGGCAAUUUCCUCUCUUAAGAGAGUUGGGGAUCUACAGGCCCUCUCGGUGGCCCCCUCUUAUUUAGACUUUGCUCCUGGUCUGGCCAAAGCGUUUCUCUAUCCUCGAGUAGGUUAUGUACCUAAAAUUCCCUCCUCUACACCAUGGCCGGUCGUACUCCAGGCCUUCUGUCCUCCUCCCUUUCGGGAGCCCGACCAGCGGAGGCUUAACUGUAUGUGUCCAUUGCGAGCACUGAACGCAUACAUCCACAGAGCUGCCCUGUGGAGAAGGGCGGACCAAUUGUUUGUGUGUUUUGGUCCCCCUAAGAGGGGUCUUCCUGCUACUAGACAGACCCUCAGUCGGUGGAUCGUGGAUGCCAUCUGUCUGGCCUAUGAGUCUUCUGAUCUCCCCUCGCCCUUGGGGGUCAAGGCUCACUCUACCAGAAGCGUGGCGGCCUCCAAGGCCUUUUUGGCAGGUGUAUCCAUGCAGAACAUCUGCAAUGCUGCUGGUCGGUCCACGCCCCUGACGUUCACUAGGUUCUAUGGCCUCGAUAUGCGAGCCACUCCCGGCUCUUCUGUUCUCUUGCCCUAGCAGUGCUCUUCCACACUAGGCAGGGAUUUGUAAGUCUGGCGGCAUGGGCAUACUCGUUCCCAUAGUGUUUCGACGCAGCUUGAGUUCCUGAAGGGGAACGUCUCUAGGUUACGCAUGUAACCAUGGUUCCCCGAGGGAACGAGACGCUGCGUCUCAGUGCCAUACUUCCGGGAUACCUGUCAGCGCUUGCUUCAUUCCUCAGAAGCUGC